UGCUUGACAGUUGCUUGUUACCAUAACAACAAAUCUUGUUUACUUCUUAUAGGUUCUUAUAGGCUAGAAAUAGAAAUACAAUUGUAUCUAUUUUCUAAACUACAAUAUCUACGAUGGAUAGUGAAGAUACUCCUCAAAUUAUAACUCAUAUAGAACACAAUAUAAAUCAUUGCUUAUUCGAUUGUAAAUGGAUUCCAUGUUCCGCUAAGUUUGUAGUAAUCGGCUCUCUGCCAAAAGGAAGUGGUACGUUAGAAAUUUUCGAAAUAAACUCUGGAGAACUGAAUAAGGUCAAGGAUAUUGAAAGACCAAAUUCAUUUAAAUGUGGUACGUUUGGUGCCAGUAGCGAUAUUGAGAGAAGGCUUUCUACUGGUGAUUUUAAGGGUACUUUAGAAAUAUGGGAUUUAGAAAAAAGUUGCCAGGUCUAUAUAACAAAAGAACACACAGACAUAAUCAAUUCCAUUGAUGGCAUGGGGGGAAAUAGCUUGAACUGUGGAGCACCAGAAAUAGUCACAGGAAGCAGAGAUGGUACGGUAAAAGUAUGGGAUCCACGUCAGAAAGGUAAACCUGUAGCUAAUAUGCAACCAGUCCAGGGUGAAACAAGACGUGACUGUUGGUCUGUAGCGUUCGGUAACUCUUAUAAUGAUGCCGAGAGAGUAGUAGUGGCUGGCUAUGAUAAUGGAGAUCUGAAGAUGUUUGAUCUACGCACUAUGUCUUUGAGAUGGGAAUGUAAUUUAAAAAAUGGGGUAUGUUCCACCGAGUUCGAUCGUAAGGAUAUACCAAUGAAUAAACUUGUCGCAACAACAUUAGAAGGCAAAUUUCAUGUUUUUGAUUUAAGAACACAAAAUCCUUCAAAAGGAUUUGCUCAGGUGCUGGAGAAUUCAUCAAAAAGUGGUACAAUUUGGGUUGCGCGCCAUGUUCCUCAAAAUCGUGAUAUAUUUGUAACAUGCGCAGGAAAUGGACAGGUUUCAUUAUGGAAAUAUGAAUAUCCAGAACAGAGAUGUCACGUGGAUUCCCAAGGUGUCGCAGUAGGAGUCCCCGGCAAGCUUAAGAGAUUACAACGUAUGGUGAUUAGUUCACAACCCAUCAACUCUCUAGAGUGGAACAGAGAUCAUCUGGGACUUGCCAUUGCCACCGCCUACGAUCAAUAUGUUAGGGUCCUCGUUACAACUAAACUUAAUUUACAGUGAAUUUAUUUAUUUUUUAGACACGCAAUCAAAGUUCUGUCAAUAAGCAAGAAUUUAUUUUUCGUUGUAGCAAUGCAUAAUUUAAGUAGUCAUUAGCAAUAUAAAAAGAUAGAGGAUUGAG